GGAAACGGACAAGCUAUCAGAUUAUUUCUCUCAGCACCUGGGGGAGUAUCUGAAUGUACUUUCAGCUCUUGAGAGUCUGAAUAUUUCCAUUCUAAAAGCUAUGGAUAAAACUAAAGAGGAGUACCUGGGUUCCAGUGUGUUGGGCCAGUUUGUCACCAGGUUCAUGCUAAGAGAGACAUCCAGUCAGCUUCUGUCUCUUCAGAGGUCCCUGCAGUGUGCCAUGGAAGCUGUUGAAGAGCAGAGCAGCCCUGCACCCAGGAGAGAGGUAAAGGCCCCGGAGCUGACAGCAGUUCAAAGGAAUGGCAGGCGGUGUGGUCGCAGGUUCCAAAAUAACCUCUCCAUGUCCCCCUCAGAUCCCUGCUCCAACAUCCUGACCACCGGUGUGUGCAUGGAAGAUGGAGAGAACUGGUGCUCUCAAGUCAACAGGCUGCAGCUGCUGCUGGAUAAGCUGGAGUGUCAGGGUCCAAAGUUGGAGCCACUCAAAGAGGAUACGCUGGCCAGCACAUACAAAUCUAACAUCCUGCUUGUUCAGAGGCAAAUGUCGGUGUCAGAUGAAGAGCUUGACAACUUCCGGAAAGUUCUGAAUAGCUACAUGGAGGCCACCGCAGCCCACUCUGACAACCUGCACGUGUCCGUUCAGAAGCUCCCGGGAAAGCUGUGUUACAUAAUGUAUGAGUUCUGGCAGGACCGUAUCUCCUGGAUGAG